UUCGAUUUAUUGUAAUUUUAAAAUCUUACUUGGAAGCGUGGUAUUUAUGUUGUGGGAUAUUGUGUUGUUUUCCUUUGGGCACCUUUCAGUCCGAGUUACGUUCUCUCUCAGCUUCCUCCACUUUCAAUAUGGACAAAUGCCAUGUUUUCUGUGAUUGUAAUUAUGCCGUUCCCAUAAUGGAAGGUUCAUUCCUGCUCUGCCCCGAAUAUUCUUCAGGUUUUUGUUACCUAAGCUGAAGCUUGUCCAGGACAUCCGGGUUAAUACCAAGGGUGUUAUUUCUAUUGUCAUGAGUCAAAAGGUUUGUGUUUUGUACCACAUCAGGAGCUGCCUCUAAACAUGGUUUUGUACCAGUGUGACUCAAGAGGAAGAAUGCAGCCAUUAAUGUGCCUCUAAUUAAUGAAACACCAUUUCCAGCAGAAUUAGGGUUUUCUCUAGAGGUUUCUAGGUAAAAGUGAUCAGCUCAACUUGCUGGGAGGCUAGAAAAACAGAAGUGGAGAUAAUUUCUUUUUAUACCUGGAGGAUUUUUGAGGUGCUAGUAAUGUUGUUGCUCAUCUGUGGGUAUCAUGUGGGUGGGUUUACAGGAAGAUUGUUCUAGAAUAAACUCCAGUCCUUCAGAUGCCUCAAACACAAGCUGAGCUUUAAGUGUUUCAGUAACUCACACUUCAGGGCCACUCAGACGUCUGUGGAUUGAAUUCCUACACUUGAAUCAUACCGCUGACUUUGGAGCAGUAAUAACGAAGGUGAUUAGUUUGAACAUGAAUGUCUGCACGAUGCAUCUGUAUUUAUUUUGAGAUAUUCACAUUUAAAGGUUUUGUGUCUUAGGCAUGGCACUGAAGCACAGAGAUAGCUUUUUUUGGUAAAAGUUUGAUAUUAAAUAAUUUUGAGUUAAUACAUUGUUUUAUUUCUAUUUUCAGCUUGCCUUAAGAUCAGUGAAUUCUUCAAGGUCCGCAUAUGCAUGUGUCUUCUUCUCAUCUAUGUUUUUUCAACAUUACUGCUGGGCAGCUGUGUCUCAGCCAUGUCAGAAGGAAAAACAGUUCUCCCUUCCAUUCAGUUCUUCCUGUAUUUAGAUGUGUAAAUGUGCUGGAAAGGAAUGUAGAGAAGUGCAGCAUUUAUACAAAUAUUAAUGAUCAUCACAUAACUUUUCAGCUCCUCUGCAAACAUGGUGUUGUAAAAACAUAUAACCUGAUGUUUCAAGACUGUGAUCCAUUGCAGGCUGUUUUUGCGAAGCACUUGUGUCCAAACAUACUCAAAGUCCACUCGAGGCUGCUGGCUGAAAUAAUGAUUCACUUUCCGACCAGUCAAGAAGAAGUAACCUUAUCAGUGACUCCAAUGAAAGUUUGUUUCAAGAGUUACACUGAGGAGGACACUGAUUUUUCAAAGACAAUGCUCACGGAAAUACAACUAAAUCCAGAAGAAUUUGACUACUUUCAAGUUGGAGUCGAUUCUGAAGUGACAUUUUGCCUUAAAGAACUGAGGGGACUGCUGGCAUUUUCAGAAGCAACCAGUGUUCCUGUCUCAAUCCAUUUUGACGUGUCCGGAAAACCAAUUGCUUUCAGCAUUGAGGACAUGGUGCUAGAAGCCAACUUUAUUUUGGCCACCCUGUCGGACGUUGAAAAGGAGAGGGCGUCCCAGCAGGCUCCGGAAAGCUCGAAGACACGCACAGGUAAAUCUGACAAAACCUCCGUGGACAGAGAGAACAGCGGAGCAGUUGCUUCCAAAAAGCCACAGUGGAACAGCAACACAGCGCCAGCAAAACCUGCGAGUCCUUUGGCAAAACGAGAGAUUAAAGAUAUUCCCAGAGCUGUAAAGAGAGAAGUGACAGGGACAGAAGAAACAGCCGUGACCGAGGCAGAGGAGCGAGCGGCGCUGGGAGAGGCCGCAGGGGCUCAGUACCAGAAGGUAAGGAGACCCCAACCCCAGUUACAGGGAGUCCCUCAGCAGGCAUCACCCAAACGCUGCUGCGUGUUGAGUUUCAGUUCUGCACAUGGCGUUUCCGCAGAACCAGCUUUCCCAGCAGCACAAUGGACUGAAAACGCCACUGUGGUGUUUAACUGUAACCCUGGAAAUACUCAUAGAUGGGAGGGGUAUUUUACCAAGAAUCACUGUAGACUGAUAAAGAUUUUGAAGUGGCAAAAGCCUCAGAAAUAAUUAACCCCCAAAUUCUGUAUCACGUGCAGUUUCUUACUUCUGUAAAUGUUGCAUUUUGCAGUUUCAUUCCUUAUUUUUCGGAGCAGUUUCUUGUCAGAAGGAUGCCCCCAGUCACUCCUUCCAUAGUUUAGCUACAGCGAGUGACACCGAAGAGGAUUUUGGCAACGCGCAGAGCUCCCCAGUUCUCUAGGGACACAAAGCGUUGGAGUCCAGGUAAAGACUGUCAAGGAUUGCCUUGAAAGAUAAAAGGGUGUUUGACGUGGCAUUUGUGGAGCUGUUUCUCAUUUUAGAAAGAAGUUUAAUUGCAGUUCUUCAGCAAGUUAGAACUCGAUGGAAACUAUUUGUACUCUGAGCUUGUGGGGUGAGCUGCAUUUCACAAACACCUAUUCAGACACUCUGGCGAGUGGGAAUCCUACGCACAUGAUGCUUGUUUCAUUUUUUUGCAACACAGAUAAAAGGACAAAAACCACUCCAUAUCAAGUUCUUUAUCAGCUCCGGCUCUGCCAGUCCAGGUUCAGUGUUUAUUCAGUUAUUUUAACCACCAGCAAGGGUCAUUCUAGAACUGUUAGAUGCUGUCAGAAUGCAAUAUAAAUUUAGGUCACGAUCUACAAGAUUGAGGUUUGUGCCUCGCCUAUUCUGUGGGUGAACAGCCUGGGAGGUUCAGCUCUCCCAUAUGUUCUGGGGAAUUCACACUCUGUUACCACUUCAGGCCAAUUAACCUGCUGUUGUGAAGUGCUGGAAAAAUAAACCCACCCCCGAACACCUAACAGCUGGUAUUCUUACAGAAACUUUGCGGAGCUUGCAGUUACCUGAAUAACCCACAUUGUCACAGAAAUGCGUUUUAAAAAUAAACUCAUGCUUUCAAA